UAAAUUUCAGGUUAUAAAUCAAAUAUGGAGAGCGUGGGACUUUUUUGUUGUGUCUUCUGUAUUUUGUCAGCAGAAGCCAUUUCGCCAUUUACUGAUGGCAAUGUCAGCAAUUCUAAAGAGCUUAAAGUAGGUUGUGAAUCUCAGGAUGUUUUGAAACAGCUCAUAAACCAAGAAACUCUGAUUAGAAUUUCCUUCGUGAAAAACAUCCGAUCCCUUCUGGCUGAUAUGGUGAAAACAAAGCAAACAAUUCACUCCAUACAACAAAAUGAAAUGCAAUUGGUACAAAACAUGACAGAUUUGAAAAUGGAAAUGAUGUCACUUAAAGAGGAAAAUAGGGAACUUCGAUCACAAAAUCAAAAAUUUCAGGAACAGUCGCUUGCCAUGGAAGAGUAUAUUAAAAAAAUGAAAGAAAAUAUGUCGUUACUAGAAGAAAACCGUUUAGCUUCUGAAAAAGAAAUGGACAAGAAAAGACAACGUUUCGAAAAUAAUACUAAAGACACCCUGACAGACUUAAGAAUUGACUUUCGGUAUAUGUCAGUGACGCUGUUGGACUUAAAUAAGCAUACACUUCAGCUUGAACGGAAUAUUCCAGGAGUCAUAGAAGAAGCUUGCCGCACAGAAUUUGACUUUUUAAACGAAAGCAUCGGCUAUUUGCAUACAAAACAUUCUUCUAUUUCCGUGAAUGAAAUGAAAUUGACAGAAAAGGUGAACGAGUUAGAGAAAUCUCAGCUAGAAAUGAAUAAGACUCUUUAUGAUGAGAUGGUUGACAAGAUUGAUGACUUGAAAGGAGAAAUGAAAGAUAUUAAUCAUGACCAGCUUAAGUUAUCAUCCACAGUAUCUUCAUUGGAGGUUUUUCGAACGAACCUUUCAAUCAGCAAAUACAUACGCCCAAAUGUUGGAUUCACAGCUGGUAUUGUUUCCGGCAAAAGAACAUCGAAAAAUGUUACUCUUGUUUUUCCAAAAGUGGUGUACAAUGAAGGUGAAGGAUAUGACCCAUCAACUGGUGUCUUUACCUCACCGACAGAUGGCGUCUUUAUUUUCUAUAUUUCAAUACUCUCUGGAAAUAAAGACAACAUAUGGGUAGAUAUUGUAUUGAAUGACGUUACCAAAGUUCGUGCGCUUGCAUACUCUGUGUCAGUCCCAGGAAACAUUGAACAAGCGGGUUCAAACGUGGCACUACUUCAGCUCAAACGUGGUGAUAAAGUGAAGACCAGGACUGCAAAUAGUGCAGGAAGAUAUCAUUCACAUAAUGUUCCAAUAUGUACAUUUUCUGGUUUUCAAAUAUUCUAGUGAAUAAAAAAUGUUCUC